AUGAAGCCUCUGAUUCGCCGCCUCUCACAAAUCGCUGACUCAUCCUCUGAUCGAUGCAACCAAAUCCGGCGCCGCGAUGUCCAUCACCCGACGGCGAACGCAUCGCCGUCAGUUUUCUCGGUGAAGCGAGCAAACGUGGCAUCGACAGUCCCUUCCGGUCUCGUUCCGGUGAACGUCGGCGAAAAGAUGGAAAGGUUCGUGGUGAGUGCGGAAUUGCUGAACCACCCUGUUUUCGUUGGUUUGCUCAAUCGAUCUGCUCAAGAAUACGGUUACGCUCAGAAAGGAGUUCUUCAUAUUCCCUGUAACGUCUUCGUCUUCGAGCAUAUCGUGGAGACUCUCCGAUCUGGAAUCGCUCUUGAUCUACCGGAGCUCGUCCCUUCCUUAUCCGGCGACGAUUUGUCAUUGUGGUUACCUGGCGGCACUACAGAGUAG